GACAUAUCCCUCUCUGGGCUUUCAGCGUGACCCCUUGCCUCAACCUGCCCUGUGAAAAUGUUGGUGCUUCUUGCUUUCAUAAUCAUCUUCCACAUCACCUCCGCGGCCUUGCUGUUUGUUGCCACCAUCGACAAUGCCUGGUGGGUAGGAGAAGGAUUUUCUGUAGAUGUCUGGAGGGUGUGCAUCAAUACCACCAUGAAUUGCACAGAGAUCAGUCAGUCCUUUGAAGAUUACGCCACCCUGCAGGCGGUCCAGGCCACCAUGAUCCUGUCUACCAUCCUCUGUUGCAUUGCCUUUCUGAUCUUCGUGCUCCAGCUCUUCCGUCUCAAGCAGGGGGAGAGGUUCGUUCUAACUUCCAUCAUCCAGCUCAUGUCCUGCCUGUGCGUCAUGAUUGCAGCUUCCAUCUACACAGACAGGCGCAAAGACUUUCACGAGACCAACCGGAUUCACUACUCCCCGACCUCGGGGGGGGCGUUCGGCUACGCCUUCGUCCUGGCUUGGGUGGCCUUCGCCUUCACCUUCAUCAGUGGCAUGAUGUAUCUGAUACUGAGGAAACGCAAAUAG